AUGCGGUACUGUCCAGGUGGACGGCUGGAUGAUGCCAGGACAGGAGGUGGGGAGCUGUGCGUGGGGUUCCUCGAUUUUGCCAACGCUUUCGGCUCGGUCGCCCAUCAGGCCCUUGUCGACGCUGUCCGCGGCGCCGGCGCGGGGGAGGCCUUUGCUACCAUCGUUGAAGACCUCUACCGCGCCAACACCACGUGCGUCGUGGCAGCAGCUGGCAUUACGGAGCCAAUCACCAUCGGAGCUGGGCUGAGAAAGGGCUGUCCUCUGAGCGGCCUGCUUUUCAACCUGGUGGUGGACCUGGUCAUCCGUGCAGUACAGGGAGGCGAUAGGCAGCACAACAUCCUUGCCUACGCCGAUGAUCUGACGCUGCUGGCCGCGGAUCCCACCACCCUGCAGAGCCGCUUGGACCGUGUGACAGCCCUGUCGGCCCGGCUCGGGCUGCGACUCAACGCCGCCAAGUGCCGGUCUCUACACCUGUCUGGUCGCCACCCCGUGGGUACACGGCCCACCUCUUUCACCGUGGGUGGCGACCCGAUUCCGGCGCUUGGCGACUUCCAGGGGCACAAGUUCCUGGGCCGUCCAGUGGGGUUCAGGGUGCUGCCGGACGAAACGACGGUCGACGAGGCCAUCCACCUGGGCAGAAAGCUGCUCUCCUCUAUGCUCGCCCCAUGGCAGAGGCUGGAUGCUAUCAAAACAUUUUUGUAUCCAGCCCUCAACUUUGCCAUGCGGGUGGGCCUUGCCAGCAAAGGAGAGUGGCAACGCCUGGACGAGGAGCUCCGCCCGCUCAUCAAGAAGACCCUGUACGUGCCAGCCAGAGCUUCCAAUGAAUACUUGUACGGAAGCUCUCAGGCUGGCAGUGCAGGGAUCCCACUUGCGGCGGAGCUCAGCGACAUCUUUCGGGUGGAUGGAGCCUUCAAGCUACUGACGUCGACCGACGUGGAGGUCCGGGAGCGUGCAGCAGGAGAGCUCGAGGGCGUCGUGUCAAGGCGGCUAAGACGACCCGCGAACACCGAGGACAUGGAGGCCCACCUCUCAGGCGAGACGGAGGGCGACUUCCGACAAACGUCCACACAGGUCCAGUCUGUGUGGACGGAGGCCCGGAAAGCCUCCCGUCGCCUCUCCGUCGCCUGGGAGCUCUUGGAGCAUGGAGCCCGCAUCAACUGCGGGGAGGCCUCUGUGUCAGCGAGGAACCGCCACAAGCUGGUGAAGACCAUCCGGGCGCUCCUCUCCACCGAAAGGGACCAAUCUCUGCAAGACAAACCGAACCAGGGCAAGGCGAUGGUGUGUGUGGCGGCCGACCCGGCAAACUCCCAUUUCAUGAGGUCCGGCCGCUACACCCGCUUCAUCGACUGGCGCUUCGUGCAUCGAGCCCGACUAAAUCUCCUCCCCCUCAAUGCCACAAGACUCUGGGCACCCGCAGCGGACAAAAGAUGCAGACGCUGCGGGUAUGGGGAGGAGACACUGCCGCAUGUACUUUGCCACUGCAUGCGGCAGAGCCGGGCCAUGACUGAGCGUCAUAACACCAUCGUCGCCAGAAUAAAAAAGGCUGCCUUGGGUCGGUUUACAGUCAUUGCGGAGAACCAGGUCGUGGGCAACACAUCGCUCAAGCCCGACCUGGUACUGGCCCGUGGAGAGGAGGCACUCAUCCUGGACGUCUGCUGCCCUUUCGAGAACAGGCUGCAGGCGUUCCAGGACGCCCGGAAGGCUAAGGAGGAGAAGUACGCCCCUGUACAGCGUCAUCUCCUCCGGCGGUUCCAACGCGUGACGGUGGACGCGGUGGUCGUCGGCUGCCUUGGCAGCUGGGAUGUGGGGAACGACCGGGUGAUGCGCAGGCUGUGCAGUAGGUCAUACCUACGGACACUCAAACGCCUGUGCAUCAGCGAUACAAUCAGCGCCUCUACAAAGAUUUUUAGAGCCCAUGUCGGCACCUCUUAA